UUCCCUUCAGGACACUGCUGUCAUGGCGGCGUGCAGGGUGCUUAUGAGUCGCGGUGUUUUAUCGCUGCAUUAUCAUAAUGUGUGCAGAGGAGUAAUGCUCACACAGAUCAGAGAGAAGAAGAGAUGGAUGAAGGCGUAUACACUUAUUAUGGAAAGGAAGAGAAAGAUAGAGGGACCACCGCCCCCAACGCCACGCUCUCAGCAGGCAAACUUCGAUUAUCAUGCUGAAGUAGAAGCCUUCAGCGUUCGGCUCAAGGAAAGUUUCUCUAUGGAUCUGCUGAAGACAGCGUUCGUUAACCCGUGCUAUCUGCGUUCUGAAGAGGAGAGGAGACACCUACUGGGUCUAAAUGCAGAGAACACUGCUCUCAACCUGAAGGACAACCGAGAGCUGCAGGCACAUGGUCAACAAUUCACACAGGGGUUCCUCAGUAAUUGGUGCAGGGGCAAUUUUCCCAGUCUGCCUGAGGAGGGCGUGACAGCCAUUGUGGGCCAACUGACAGGGUCGGAAGUCAUGUGUCAUGUCGCAAGGAACCUUGCGGUUGAUGAACUGACGAUGAGCGCAGAGUUCCCUGUUCCAGAUGAAAUCCUGAAGGGGACGUUUUUCUCUGUGAUCGGUGCUUUGGAGCAGAGCAGUGGGUCUGUUCGAGCAGGACUUUUCAUCAGGGAUUUUCUGGUCACUCAGCUCAUUGGGAAAGAUCUGUUUGAUAUGUGGAAAGUAGUUGAUCCCAUGGCCCUGCUGGUUAAAGAAUUGAGUUGUAAAGGUAUUGCUCUACCUGAGCCCCGUCUCAUCCGAUCUGCUGGCGACAGUACCGUCCUACCACUCUAUUUUGUUGGGCUUUACAGUGAUCGUAAGCUGUUGGCUCAGGGUCCAGGUGAGACUGUCCUGGCAGCAGAAGAGGAAGCGGCACGUGUUGCUCUGAGGAAACUCUACGGCUACACAGAGAACCGCAGACCGUGGGACUUUUCUACAACUAGUGAGCAGCUUCAGAACCCCAGAGCACAGGCUCUUACCAGUGGAUAAAUGACAUUAUAUCCUCCCUCAGAAAGGGUUGUCCUCAUGUUUAAACCAGACUGGGAACUCCAGGAUCACAGCUGCUUCACAAGCAAAUUCAACCAAAACAUUUGAAGGACACAGCCCGCAAUCUGCAUUUGGCAGUGGUGUCACAACUGAUUCUCUUCCCCGAAAGUCACUGGAGGUCCGUUCCAGAUAUGAUGUCUACGAUAAACAGUUCUACCAGGAGACGCUGACACUUGGUGUCAUAUAUCUAAAAAAAGUUGUAUAUCUUACAGAGAGUCUGUUUAGCAUUUGCAGAUUUUUCAAUAAAUGUUUCUCUUCAUUCUGACGGUAAAUUGUUUGUGUACAUAAAUAAUAAGCUUUGGCUCGUAAUAAAAAGUGUUAUUUCAGAAAAAAGUUUUUUUCUUAAAUUUACAAUCCAGACAAGUCUCGCUUAUUUGAUCUGCCAGUUUGGUCAUUCACAGUCACGAACAGAGGCAAGUUCUGACUUGACCCAUGUACAUCAUUAAAUUGGUGUUAUAUUCCUUCAGUGCUAAUUAGAAAUUGUAAUGUGUAAAUACACAGGCUUUUAAAUGUGUUUUUUUUUAAGUUACAUAGAGUCAGAACAUGUCUCCCUUUGCCUUCAUUUCUAAAAGUUAUUUUUAACCACCUGUGUAAUAAUCUCAAUAAAUGACAUUUCCAUUC